AUGGCAGCAUUUAUGUUGUGUUGGAUCCCAUACUUUGUGCUUUUUAUGGUCAUAGCAUUUUGCCAAGACUGCUUUAACCACAAUUUUCACAUGUUUACUAUUUGGCUGGGUUACAUCAAUUCAACCCUGAACCCUCUGAUCUAUCCCUUGUGUAAUGAGAAUUUCAAAAAGACAUUUAAAAAGAUAUUUCAUGUUAAGUUAAACUGUGGUAUUUGCGAAAAGGAAAAGUUUACAAUGUGCAGCUAUAAAUGA